CUCUGGGCCUCAGUCUGUCAAUCCCUAGCUGAUCGUUUGUUGUGAAAAUGGAGUUUUUACUUGGAAAUCCUUACAGCACUCCUGUGGGCCAAUGCGUAGAGAGAGCCACAGAUGGAGGGCUACAGAGCGAGGACUGGACCCUCAACAUGGAGAUCUGCGAUAUCAUAAAUGAAACCGACGACGGGCCAAAAGAUGCCAUGCGAGCGCUGAAGAAGAGACUGAGUGGGAACAARAACUACAGAGAGGUUAUGCUGGCACUAACGGUUUUGGAGACCUGUGUGAAGAACUGUGGUCACAGGUUCCACAUCCAGGUGGCCAACAAAGACUUCAUUGAUGGCGUUCUCGUCAAAAUCAUCUCCCCCAAAACCAAUCCUCCUACAAUCGUGCAGGACAAAGUGUUGUCUCUCAUACAAUCCUGGGCGGACGCCUUCAGGAGUAGUCCUGAUCUGACUGGUGUCGUCCACAUCUACGAGGAGCUGAAGAGAAAAGGCGUGGAGUUCCCCAUGGCUGACCUGGAUGCCUUGUCUCCCAUUCACACGCCACAGAGAGGUACACCGGAAGUGGACCCAGCCAUGUUAAAGUAUCUCGCUCCUGCCUCGUCUGCCGCCCCUAAGCCCGUCCCACCCGCCCCUGCUGCCACGCGGACCUCCAACAUCCCCAGCCCCAUCACAGCCACCCCUGAACAGAUUGCCCRUCUGCGGAGUGAGCUGGACAUCGUGAGGGGAAACAUUAAAGUCAUGUCAGAGAUGUUAACUGAGAUGGUUCCUGGGCAGGAAGACGCUUCGGAUUUAGAGCUGCUCCAGGAGCUGAACCGGACCUGCCGGGCCAUGCAGCAGAGAGUGGUGGAGCUGAUUUCCCUCGUCUCCAACGAGGAGGUGACGGAGGAGCUGCUGCACGUCAACGAUGACCUCAACAAUGUUUUUCUGCGAUACGAGAGGUAUGAGCGGUACAGGUCAGGACGGGCUGCACAGAACAAUGGGAUGCUAACUGAAGCCACAGAGGACAACCUGAUAGAUCUGGGCCCUGGAUCCCCUGCUGUAGUCACACCCAGGAUCACAUCCAGCCCUCCUUGCAGCUCUGCAGCAGGGGCCACAGCCUCCCCAGCCCGCAGCUCUGGAGCACCCUUCCUGUCCACUGCACUGGCUAGUCUUGAUGUAGGUUCAGACAGUGUGAGCGGAACCCUGUCGUCUCUGUCGACUCAAAACAAGGAUGACUUUGACAUGUUCGCUCAGACCAGAGGCAGUUCUCUGGCUGAACAACGCAAAAAUGUAAAAUAUGAAGACCCUGUUGCUCUGGGUGGCCUUACCUCUGCUUUAGAUGUUCGACAACAGAAUGCAACUGGGCUGAGGGUAAAAGGGGAUGAUAACCCGGCAGAUCAGGAGCUGCCCAUAGACAGCUGGCUUAUUACCCAAGGAAUGAUCCCCGUAUCGCAGUCCUCUGUCAUGGAUGACAUAGAGGAGUGGCUCUGUGCUGACGUGAAGGGAGAUGGCUCUGAGGAAGGGGUGACCAGUGAAGACUUUGAUAAAUUCCUGGAGGAGCGAGCCAAGGCGACGGACGCUCUGCCUCCUCCCCCGCCCGGGGCCGCCCCCGCUCACCCCGCACGUGCCUCCAGCGGUUCCCAUAAGAAGGCGGAACGGACGGAGGACGCCCUCUUUGCCUUGUAGACGUGUCRUCAGAGAGCAGCAGGGCGUCUCUGCAGGUGGUCCCGAGCAUCCCCCCGGUCCAGAACAAGCCCCUUCCUCGUCCCAUUUCCUCGUCGACUGGGAGUGGCGUAGCGAGUGAUCUCCACCUCCUUGUUCUCUUCUCGCCCCGACGCUCAAACCCGCAGAGGUCAAAGAUGUUUACUGCACACUCUGCUGUGUUACAUUUCGCUAUAAAUGGAUGUAUUAAUCUGUAACGUGGGAUGUACUACUCAUGGCUCAUUUGUAACACAAAUGUUGACAGCCUAACUUGCCUCACGUGGUUUAAGAAUGUGGUAUAUUACUGCAAGACGAAUGAGGGGGAUUUCUUCAAGCGUGCGUUCGACUUGUAUGGGAGCACACAGUUAGAAUGAUAGUUAUUUUUUACUACAUUCACUUAAUUGCUCAUUUAUGCUUUUACUGUUGUAAUGGUUUGUUCUGGUUGUGUACUAGAGCUGGGGUUAUUUUACUUUAGAACUGGAAAUACUUCUUUCAGGACCUAAUUAUUUGCCCAGUUAGCCAGAAGCACUGCAUGUACAGCAAGCUUUUUGUUACAAAAAAAAUAUCCAAAAUCACAUUUUAUCUUGACGCAUUAAGCGUUAACAGCAUUUUUCUAACCAAAGGGAACGUAAAACUACAACGACAGUAAAAUCAGUAAUGUACAAAACAUGCAUUGUAUUUUAAAAUGCUAAAAGGGAAAGGCCAUGGUUGUGGAAUAUUUCCAUUUGUCUUUUCAGUCUAUUGAAAGGCUACAAAAAUGAAAUGAGCGCUAUAUGCUUUUAAUUAACUACAAGCACUUUCAGCCAUUCCAAAGAUUACUGAGGCUUUAAGACCAACUGUGUUAGUUUUAACUGUUAAGAGAAAAAAAAGGUUCACAUGCAACAAAUAGUUUUUCUUUCUCCUGUUUAUCGUUUGCGCACUUUGAACAAAAAGUCAUUUUGUCCUUUAUGUUCACAGAAUCCUUACCAAGUAGUGAAGUCGGAUGGUUUUGUAAAGGUUUAUGAAGUAGUGUUGAGACUGGAUCCUUUUUAAGACUUCACCACUUUAUUAUUUUGGUUUCGCUCUCAUGCAGAUUAGCCUUUUGCUCGUCACUCACUGAGGUCGUUCAAAGCACCAUCUGCAACGAGUAAGAUAUUAACUGUCCAUAACCCUUUCACAGAACUCCACAAAGGAUCUAAAUUAGUCCAUUUCAUUUCAGUAAGAGACGCACCAGCAUCAAAAAUGUCUUAAAAGACAAAACUUAUAAAAYAUCUAAUCCUAGAUGUAGAUCCUCACAUACUUUGUUACUGUAUACACCUCAAAAUACAUGAAUUAUUCUGGACCUGGUUAGAACCAUAUUGGCUUAUAAGAAUACAUAAAAUGUAGGAAAGCUCAUUAUUUUAUUCCCCGRUUUUAGUUUUGGACCUUGUGUACAUUUCGUCACUCAUUUAUUUUUGUUUAUUCCAGUUCAAGGCAUGAUUUCCUUCAUGCAUUUGUACUUUAGUUUACCUUACCAGCUGCUGCCAAGUAUUUCUGUCAUGGACCAUUUUUACAACAAGUAGAUUGACCGCAAUUUGUUUUUAGCAUACACAGAAUAUCUGGGCGGCUGUGGUGGGGUGGUAGGACAGUCGUCCAGGGACAUGAAAGUCACAGGUUCGAACCCCUGCCAAGCCCACAUGUCGUGGUGUCGUUGAGGAAGACACCUAGUCCCUAAGCUCUCCGGAUGCAUACGUAGCUGCCCGCUGAUCCACCUGGGUGCAUCUCACGUGUGUCGAGUCAGAUGUGGAGCACGCAUUUUAUCAUUGCAUGGGAACAUGCAUUGAUGACAAUGCAUAGCAUAUUAUUAUUAUUAUUAUUGAUAAUCACAUAUAAAGACAUAAAAACAACACAAAAGCAAACCCCAAACUGCAUUCCAGCUCUUUAAAGUUAAAUAUACCAUGACUCAAGGYUAGUCUCCUUAACAACUUUUAAAAGAUUAAUCUUUGAUCAAAGUUGCUGAAUUAACAGUUUGUAUCAGUAUUAGAGAGAAAUACUCAUCAUUUACUAUCAUUAACAUAGAUGCAAACAGAUAAGUAUCUAUGUAAUCAUUACGAUCAAUAUGGGUUUUAGUUAUGAAAAUGUAUUUUGGAGCUUCAACGCUGGAAUGUUAUUUACAGAUACAUGUUCAAUAUGGUUUCCAGAUUACUGAUAUUUAAUAAUUUUAUUAUUUUUUUAAGUUUGCAUUAAUGUUGCACAUAUACAGACACUAAAAAUGUUAACAGAGAUUAUUUAAAAUGGAACUUUAGCUAUUUUCUGUGUUACAAAGUCUGUUACUGUUUUUGUUACCUGCUUUUAUGAUGGUUGUGUAAUAAAAUAAAAUAAAAUAAUUCCACAGAAGUUUUGGUUGCCUGAAACGGACAAAUGUCUUUAAAAGGGAUGAGAUGUGGAAAUGAGGCCUGCUUUCUGUUCUUCGGUAUGCCGUGUCCAUCUGCUGCCAUUACUUAUGUACGGUCAGAUUUGUGUUUGACUGACAUUUUGCACGUGUGUAAAGGCYCAAUAAAAGACUAGCAAUGCGUGACCUCUA